AUGGAAAUAAAGGAGGAAAAGACACCAGAAGAAGGGCAGCAUUUUCUUCCACCAACCCCAGCAACUGAGAUGGGAGAACUCCAGUUCACAAGUAUACAGAAGGGUUCAAGUGAGCCUAAGCUGGAAUUUAGCCUAGCAUGCAAGGAUCUGGUGGCUCCUACCCGGGACUGCAAGUUGAACACCCUGGUCCAGAUCUCAGUGAUCCAUCCAGCGGAGCAGAGUGUGACAAGGUACUCCAGCACCGAGACUGUUGAGGGAACAAGAAACCCACUGUUUCUGACUGGAGUGACAUUUCCACCUGAAUACCCUAUCUAUGAGGAGACCAGCAUCAAGCUAACAGUCUAUGAUGUCAAGGAUAAAUUUCAUGAAACGGUCCGCACCAGUGUCUUGCCUGAGAACAAGGAACCACGGUCAGAUGUCGGUCGGAGCUUUUUGGGCUGUGCUAGUUUUAAAGUAGGGGACCUGCUGAAAUCGAAGGAGCAACUGCUAACCCUUAGCCUAAGAACUUCCGAUGGUGGAAAAGCUGUUGGUUCUAUAGAAGUAAGCCUUUUGAAGAUGGGGGAGAUAGAGGAUGGGGAAGCCGACCACAUCACAACAGAUGCGCAGGGACAAAAGUGUGCAUCAGCCUGUGAGUGCAUAGUCCCAGAAGGCAGUGGUGGCAAGGACAGCUCACUUUUCUUGAAUGAAGUAUUAAAAAAUCCAGUGUUUAAGUUAUAUAGAUUCCCCACAUCUGAUAACAAAUGGAUGAGGAUUCGAGAGCAGAUGUGUGAGACCACAUUGUCUUUUCAUAUUCCUAAGAAUUUGAUCUCCCUUCACAUAAAUGAGGACUUGAGAAGAAACCAGGAGCUAAGGGAUCUCGGUGAGCUUGCACCACACUGGGACAAUCUACGCAAAAAUGUUCUUGCUCACUGUGAACAAAUGGUGAACUUGUAUCAGGACAUUUUCACGGAACUUGGGAAGCAAACAGGGUCAUCCUUUCGAUCAAGCUGUAGCAAAGGGGAGAAGACAUUAGAAUUCGUUCCAAUAAACCUGCAUUUGCAAAGAAUGCAUGUUCAUAGCCCAGAAUUAAAAGAUGCAUUAUAUGAUGUCAUCACAGUAGGCGCACCAGCAGCACACUUUCAGGGAUUUAAGAAUGGUGGUCUUCGGAAAUUACUCAAUCGAUUUGAAAUGGACAGGAGAAAUACUGGAUACCAGUUUAUUUACUAUUCACCUGAAAACACAGCAAAAGCAAAAGAAGUUCUCAGCAACAUCGAUCAACUCCAGCCUCUUAUAUCAACCCACGCGGAUCAGCUACUUAAUUCUGCCAGGCAGCAUUCUCCAGACAGCCUGAAGAAGUCUUUAAAGUUGCUUUCAGAAAAAACAGAGCUCUUUGUGCAUGCCUUUAAGGAUCAGCUGGUCAGAAGUGCCCUUUUAGCUCUCUACACAGCCAGGCCAGACUAUGUCCUCAAGAAACCAGCCACCCCCAAGAACACUGUAGAAGAAAAGGCUAACUCUCAAGAGGGGACCAAGACUUCCAUCCAAAGGCAGGACUCAAUCCCACAUCACUCUGACUAUGAUGAAGAGGAGUGGGAUAGGGUGUGGGCCAGUGUGGGAAAGAGCCUCAACUGCAUCAUUGCCAUGGUGGAUCGAUUACUUGAACAAGAUGGUGGUGUCAAAAGCAACAGCAAUGGUGGAGGCAGCGAAGGUGAACAGGAUCCUACACUAGCAGAGAACCUUUGCUCUCAUCCUAGGAGGCUACACCAUUUUCAAGAACAAAAUGAUCUAAAAGGAUUACUAGAAAAUCUUCAGCAAAAUGUCCGGGUCAAGAAGAGAAAGAAUGUAGAAAUCAUAUGGCUGGCUGCAACGAUUUGCCGCAAGCUCAAUGGGAUUCGAGUUACUUGUUGUAAAAGUGCCAAAGACAGGACGUCUAUGUCAGUGACUCUUGAGCAGUGCUCUAUCUUGAGAGAUGAACAUCACCUGCAUAAGGACUUCUUCAUCCGGGCUCUGGAUUGUAUGAGAAGCAGACAAUCGCAGGGAGUACUGAAUGAAUCGGAUGAUCCUGAGACAGGCUGUCUAAUUGAUAACAAGCCAACUUCUCGUCACUUCUAUCCAGUCGCCUUGCUGCUUGUCAGCUCACACCUGCUGGUUGUGUGGCUCAUUUUAAGUCUUGCUUUACUAUUAGCCAAAUAUCAAUAA